GUAUAGUAUAAAGGAGGAGGGGGGACUGGUAGACUUCCAUCUAGUUAGAAUUAGUCGUCGUGCUAACAGUGAGGUUUACAUACAAUAUUUAAGGCCUAUUACUGCAGUUCAACCAGCAGUCUGCACAUUUCCUCAUCAUGAUGAAGCUGAUUCGGUGCCUCAUUCUCAUCUGGAUGCUCUCCAGCACAGCUGAAGCUCUUCAGUGUCUGCACAAAGACACAUCAGUCCUACAGUCGUGUAGAUCUGCUGAUGAGAUGUGUGCAACAAUUGCAUAUCAGAGUCAGUAUGGAAAUGCAACUCCAACAACUGAAAAGAACAUCGACAGAUCCUGUGUGCCGUCCUUUCUCUGCGCUGGAAACAAUCCGAUAUUUUCAUUCAGUGAUUCUGACAAAAGGUUGGCUGCAUCGUUUCAUUGCUGCAACACAGAUGGCUGCAACAAUCAACAUCUACCUUAUCCUGAUAUACAGGUGAAAAAUGGCCUGGAGUGUGUCAGCUGUGUUAAUUCUAGCUGUAAUGAGACAGUAAACGUACAGUGUGUGGGAGCCCAGGACCGCUGCAUUAAAGCUGUGAGACAGGAUGAUGACACCUUGAUCUUCAUUGGCUGUGCGUCUGUGGACGUGUGUGAGGUUUUUUCUCAGCAGGAUGUCCAUGCUGCUUCUUUUUUCUUUGGUAUUCCAGUGUCCAACAGUUCAUCAAAAUGUUGUGGAAGCAGCUUCUGUAAUUCAGCCUGAACUGUCAAACUGAGUGUGGUUCCUUUGCUGCUUGGUCUCGUUGCCCUCAUUGUCUAUUAGAUCCAAGACCAGAGUGUAAUAGAGCUGAGAGGUAAAUUGAAAAAUGAACAAAUGAAUGUCCUUCAGAGCAGGGCCAGUUAACUUACCCAAUUUGUGUGGUUUGAGAUGUGUGGUGGUCAGCAUUCAGUUUGAUUCCUAAAUUAUUUCUUAUGUUGUGUUUAGCACUGAUGUUAGGAGGCUACAUUUAAUGUAUUUAAAAGAAAAGAUGCUAAAAACUUAGCAGUGUUACGUUCAGUUCUGUUCAGAAAAAUGAAAAUCUUCCAUUUAAAAACCAUGUAGAAAUAAAUAAAAUGGCCUGAGACUGACACUUACACAUUUUAAAUACUUACUAUACUUACUUACUACUGUGUUAUUAUAUACAGUGCUGCAAAAAGAUAAAUCAUUUAACUUAAUUAAUCAAAUCACAGUGAUUAGACAGAAAAACAUGCAAUAUAUUUUUACUUUAAAAUUGAGUGAGUAACAAAUAAUAAAAUGAAGUAAAAUAACUUCAGUCAAUGUAAGAAUUCUUCCAAGUGAAAAGAUUGCUUGAAUAGUGAAUAACUUCAUGCUAACUCAUAAUAAACUGUCAGCUGAUCAGUUUCUCUCCUUUAUUAUACAGACUACAUGAAUCCAUUGUUUUCUAUUUCAGUGCUUUGUUGCUAAACUGUCUGUUAGUUCAGUAAAAACUUUAGUUAAUGCUAUUCUUUAAUGUUCAUUCUAAUAAAGUGUUUGUGAUAAAUGAGAAUAAAAUGGUGUGUGUGUGCUGUUAUUAAACACUGUGGUGGUGUA